AUGUCCACCUCUCCCAUCUCAAUCCCCAGCUCAUCUAGAGACGCGGCGCGAAAAACGAGUGCUCACCGAUCUUCCAGCUUGACCAAUCUGGCAGGCACAUCUCGCGGCGAAUCCUCACGGUCAGCAAUGUCGGCCUCUUCUAGCAGCAGCAUCAAGUCAUCGUCGCCAUCCAAGAAGCUUCUCACCGGCAGCUACGUCGACAGAUACAUUCCACAAAGGGAUGGGACAGAUCUACACACUGCGUAUCAACUCAUCGGCGAUGACCCAGCCACUCCACACCGACACAAGCGCAAGAUCGCCGUUGAUACAGACGCACAAAAGGAAGAAGCCAACCAAGCCUUCUCAUCCCUGUUAUCGUCUGAGCUGUUCGGGGCAGACGCAGGUGUCAACACUUCACCAAGCCGCGCACAGCGUGCCAAUGGGUUCACCAACUUUGCGUCCAGCUCUUCCUCUUCUGUACACACCAGUGGCGGUUCGUCUGCUACGCGCCACUCUAGCCACACCGGCCUCGCUUCGCCAGCAACUCCCACCAAGAGAAAUCUGUUCAGCUACAGCCCUUCUCAUAGCCGCACACCCGGUCGUAGCGGCUCCGGCAUGGGCAGAGUCGUCGAUUUUGGCAUCGCGGACGAUGAGCUAGGAGCAAGUGGAUCACGCACUGGUGGUCUCUUUGGAGGUCUUGCAUCGCAUUCCGUCGAAACGCUCGACUCGCCUAACCAUCGCGCCUACAGCUUGUCGCCAGUCAAGCCUGAGAGUCGAAGCCUCUUGCUCAGUCCGCGCAAGCCGGCCCGUGUGCUGAGCAAGGUGCCGUACAAGGUGCUCGAUGCGCCAGAUCUUGCCAACGACUUCUACCUAAACCUCGUCGACUGGUCCAGCAAGAACGUACUCGGAGUUGGGCUCGGGACAUGUGUCUAUCUGUGGUCUGCCACCAACUCGUCCGUCACCAAGCUGUGCGACCUCAAAGAGUACGGCAACGAUGUGGUCACUGGGCUGAAUUGGGCCAACUCUGGCAAUCACUUGGCCAUCGGAACGCAAAAAGGCCUCGUUCAGAUUUGGGACGUGGAAAAGCAAAAGCUGCUUCGCACCAUGCGCGGACACACGCAGCGCGUCGGCUCGCUGGCGUGGAACGAGGUGAUCUUGACGUCAGGAUCGCGCGACAGAGUCAUCUACCACCGCGACGUGCGCGCUCCCGACCAGCACAUCCGCACGUUGCGAGCCCACCGGCAAGAGGUGUGCGGUCUCAAGUGGAAUACCGAGACGAACCAGCUGGCGAGCGGUGGCAACGAUAACCGCCUCAUCGUGUGGGAUGCGCUCAACGAGACACCGCUGCACCGAUUCACACAGCAUACGGCGGCGGUGAAAGCGAUUGCGUGGAAUCCGCACCAGCAGGGCAUUUUGGCGUCCGGAGGAGGAACGGUGGACAUGAAGAUCCGCUUCUGGAACGCAAGCACGGGUCAAAUGCUCAACGAGGUGGACACGGGGAGCCAGGUGUGCAACUUGAUGUGGAGCAAGACGGCCAACGAGCUGAUCAGCACGCACGGAUACUCGGGCGGCGCAAUCCAGAACCAGAUCCAGGUGUGGAAAUAUCCGUCCAUGCAGCAGAUUGCGACGCUGACGGGGCACACGAUGCGAGUGCUCUACCUCUCCAUGAGCCCGACCGGCGAUACGAUUGUGACGGGCGCGGGCGACGAGACGUUGCGAUUCUGGGAUCUCAACACGUCGCACCGGGCGCAACACGACAAGCGGCGCGAGGCCAACGCUUUCAACCCGUUCGCCAAGCUGCGAUAG